AUGGGCUCCAGCAGCUUUGUGCUCUGCCUAGCACUUCUAUUAUCUUAUGCAUAUGGUACUCCAGUCUCUGUCGGGCAUCUCUCUGGUGAAGCUGAUGCUGAUGCUGGUGAGAUAAUCAAAGACAUUCCAGACAUAAACUUAGCUGCUGGACUGGACCUCUUUCAGGGUGAUAUCUUGCUCCCUAAAAAUCAGCGAAAUGCCCUAAGAAAUGAGAGCUACAGAUGGAAGUUCCCCAUUCCCUAUAUUCUGGGUGAUAACCUAGAUCUGAAUGCCAAAGGAGUUAUUCUGCAGGCAUUUGAGAUGUUCCGUCUUAAGUCUUGCAUUGAUUUCAAGCCAUAUGAAGGAGAGAGAACCUACAUAUUCUUUAGGAAAGAAAGCGGGUGUUGGUCCAUGGUGGGGGACCUGCAGACUGGACAGAACCUCUCUAUUGGGGCAGGGUGUGACUACAAAGCAAUUGUAGAACAUGAGAUCCUGCACGCUUUGGGAUUUUACCACGAGCAGUCAAGGAUGGACCGAGAUGACUACGUGACAAUCUGGUGGGAUGAAAUUAUUGCAGACAAAGAACACAACUUUCUGAAGUACGAUGACAGCUUCAUCACUGACCUGAACACCCCCUAUGACUAUGAAUCAGUGAUGCACUAUGCACCAUUUUCCUUUAACAAAAAUGACAGUAUCCCCACAAUCACAGCGAAGAUACCAGCAUUUAAUGACAUAAUUGGACAACGUCUAGAUUUCAGUGCCAUCGACCUGGAAAGACUUAAUCGCAUGUAUAACUGCACUUCAACUCACACUCUUUUGGAUCAGUGUUCUUUUGAGCUUGAAAAUAUCUGUGGCAUGAUUCAGGGCACCAGAGAUGACCUAGACUGGGUCCAUCAACAGAGCAGUGCUUCAGGGCAGGAAGACCACACACUUUCUGGGCGCUGUAGAGAUGCUGGCUACUUCAUGUACUUCGACACCAGCUCUGGAAAUGCAGAGGAGGCGGCAGUCCUAGAGUCUCGAAUCCUUUAUCCCAAGAGAACUCAGCAGUGCCUCCAGUUCUUCUAUAAGAUCACAGGAAGCCCUUCUGACAAGCUGAUCAUCUGGCUUAAGGAAGAUGAUGGGACUGGAAAUGUUCGCAAGAUGAGGAAAAUUGAAACCUUUCAGGCGGAUAAUGACCAUAACUGGAAAAUUGCCCACGUAACCCUCAACACUCAGAAGAAGUUCCGAUACCUCUUCCAAGGACUAAAGGGCAACCCCAGCUCUUCAUCUGGUGGGAUCAUUAUCGACGAUGUCACACUGACAGAGACCCCCUGUCCCACAGCUGUGUGGGUCAUUCGGAAUUUCAGUCAAAUCCUUGAAAACGCACCAAGUGAUGUUAUUCAAAGCCCCCGCUUUUACAGCCCUGAGGGUUAUGCUUAUGGCAUAAGUUUGUACCCCCAAUCCAAAACCAGUGGCUACUCUCGCAUUGCCUUUCAUUUGUGCAGUGGAGAGAAUGAUGCCGUUCUAGAGUGGCCAGCUCUGAACCGCCAAGCCAUGCUCACAGUGCUGGACCAGGACCCUGACAUCUUGAAAAGGAUGUCUGCAAGCAGAAGUUUCACCACAAAUAAAGACCAGGUUAUGUCAGGUAACGGAACCUUAAUAUGGGAGAAACCAUCUAUAACUGGAAAAUUUGAUGCCUCAUGCAAUUGUUAUAGAACUGUAGACUGGGGGUGGACCAACUUCAUCUCCCACAGCCAGAUGAGGCGUAGAAGCUUUCUGAAAAAUGAUGACCUGAUUAUUUUUGCAGAAUUUCAUGAUCUAACUCACCUCAGUAAUACUGAAGUCCCUGUUCAAUCUGAACAAUCUGCCAUCAUGGAAAGCUUCCCUUUUGAAAGGCAGAAGAGAGCUCUCCAGGAUAUGGAGCCCGUUCAAGACUGGCUGCCUUACCCGCAAGACCCGUGUGAUCCAAACCCUUGCCAGAAUGAUGGAGUCUGUGUGAAUGUGAAAGGGAGACCAAGCUGCAGGUGCCCAUCAGGACAAACCUUCUUCUUUACAGGUGAGAGGUGUCAGUCAAUGCAGGUCCAUGGGAACAUCCUGGGAAUGACAGUUGGUGGAAUUGCUGGAACCAUUGUCUUAACUAUCGUCCUCAUUUCCAUGAUGGCUAGAAGAUAA